AUGUCAGGCAAGCUGUACGUGCUCAUCAGCUGGCCCGAUGGCAGCCGGGUCAUCAGCAUGGAGAACAUCAAGGAGCCCCGCAAGCCCUUCCACCUCUACACCGUGGGGGAGCAGGUGCUGGCCCGCUGCCCUGGCUUCAGUGGGCUCUACUGGGGUGUGGUGGAAGGCAUCAGUGAGCAUAAAGGUAUUUUGGAGAAGAAGCUGCUGGAAGAUCGACAGCUCCUGGAGAAGUUAAAAGAAGAACCAGCUGUCCACAGCAUGAUGCCAUCCCCACCAAAAAAAUCCAGGAAAACCUUUCCAAAAUGGACCCCAGGGAAUGCAUCCAGGAAACACCCCAGUGACAGGACCUAUCCUGCAAAGCCACUGCUGAGGGUGGCUGAGGCCAGCCUGCCCCACAAUGCCAGCAGCUCCUCCGUCCUCAAGGACAGGCGUGUCCUGGGAAGCGUGGCAGGGAGCCCCCGCUCGCUGGCAGCUCCCCCCCACCCAGCCAGUGCCUUCACACCUCCAGCCACCUUCAUCACCAUGGCCAUGCCAGGGCCAGGGACUUCCCAGAGUGAAGAGGACAGGGCUGGUCCAGCUGCCAGAGAUUAUGUUGCCCUUCCAAUGAAGAGGAAGUCAGAUGGCAUCUUGUCCUCGUGCCAGCAGCAGAUCUGUCUGAGCAGCCGUGAGGAGCGAAAGAUUGAUGCUUUGCAAGAGAUGGAUGGCUUUGAGAGGGCUCACAAAAAUUUCAGUCCUGGUGAGAUGGAAAGGGUGGAGAAGACGGAGCAGCUGGAAAGGAUGGUGUUGGACCUCCAACAGGACGUCCUCUCUCUGAAGAAGAAGGUGCAGAGGUUGGAAUCCCUGUCCUUCCAGGAGGAGCCCCACCGACAGCCAUGUGAGGUGGUGGAGCUCUUCAACGGCUACACCAAGGAGCAGCUGAAAGAGACCAUCAGGUUUGACCAGAAAAUCAGCACAGCCUGCAAGACUCUGCUCUACAAGCUCUUCACCUCUGACUACAUCCAGAGCCACUCCAUCACGGGGCGCAGGGGCAACACCUUCCGCGAGGCGAAGCCCAUGAUGGACGAACGCUGCAUCAAAAUCAUCAGGGUGCUGCUGAAGCAGAAGUUUGGGGAUCACCUCAGUGACACUGUGAUCACAGAGAAGAUCCAGAACGUGCAGAAAGCCCUGAGGCAGAAGUUUAAGACAGAGUGUCUCUGAGUUCUGGGGGAUUUGGUGUCUCCUCCUGCCAUUUCUGUGUGUGCCCCUGAGCAGCUUUCCCAGGAGAGAUGAGCUGAGCAGCUGCUGCUCAGUAGAUUUCCCCCAGGGAGCCAGCCCAAGUGAACCAUGUGCUAAACACAGCUCAAACACUGCCAAACCUCUGCUUCCAUUAGCUGAGCAGGAAUUGGGCCCAGCUUGGCUCAGUUUUUGCACUCUACAAAUUCCUUCCCAUCCAGUCUGUGUGCGAACCUCACUGUGGGUGCAUGGAAUCACCUCUGUGACUCUGAUGAUGCGCUCAAAGGCUUCAGGGCUCCAUUUGGGUCCAAGAAUGGGUCAGGAAGGUAGCCCUGUUCCACACUGCAGAAAGGUUGGCUUUGGGGUAGGGAAUCCAGCUGCAAACAGGCUGUGUCACCCAAUGCACCUUCUCUCUGUCUGCCUCUGGUUGCUCGUUCUGCCUGUGGGACAAUAUUUACUCUUUCCUCACAGUGAAUGUUUUAUUUCCAGCACUAACAGAAAGGCAGGCUCAUUAAAACGACAUCUUAAAACAUUCAGAAAAAGAUAACUUGAUUUUUUUCCUGUUUAUUUUAAUGUAGCUGUAUGGCGGAGUUGUCUUCCCUAACAAAACCCUGCUGAACAAGAGAAGGGGUCACCCAUGGAAGUUACAUUAAUUUUUCUUUCAAGAACAGAUUAUUUCCACACAGGAGAAAUCCCAAACAUUUUUAUGACACAGGAGUGAGGGAUGGAGGACAAAAUAUGGCCCAACUUUGCUUUGAAGGCAUACAUCUUGUGGACAGUCACUAUUAUUGAAAUACAGUAUUUUUAUCCUAGAUAAGAAAUGCCAAGUACAAUCAGUCCCUUUGCUGAGGGACUACAGAGAAGGUCUAGAAAGACACAUCUUUUCCUAAAUAAUUCAGAACUGGAGUGUGGGUGGGUUAAAAUUGUUCUAAGUGUAAAAAAGAAUGAGAUGCUGACACCAGUCCAGCACUUAACAGAAGUGCUGCAAAAUACCAAACAUUUCCUUUUACAGAGGCUUCUCAGACAGGGAAUUGGUUUUCUCAGCUUAAUUUUUAAAUUAUUCAGGAAGAGAAAUGCCAGUGGGUUUGCAUUAAUCAAAACAUUUGGUUUAAUUUAUAUGUUUUGUUGUGUUUUCAACUAUUUAAUUUCUUCACAGUUACAUGAGAAAUAAUAAUGCAAAAUAAAUGUAUUGGAGAAACAAGGA